AUGGCUUCCUACUCGCAGUACCUCACCAAAGAACAAGAGGAUGAACUACGCAGCAUCGCAAACGCUAUUGUGGCUCCCGGCAAGGGAAUUCUCGCUGCUGAUGAAUCCACUGGUAGUAUGGAAAAGAAAAUGAAAGGCAUUGGCACGGAAAACACUGAAGAACAGCGUCGAAAGUACAGGCAGCUUUUAUUCACUGCAAGUCCCGAUAUGAGCAAGCACAUCUCGGGUGUAAUCAUGUUCCACGAGACGUUCUAUCAGAAAUGUGACGAUGGAACACGAUUUGUUGUGAACGGCGCUCAAGAAACAGGGUAUUAUACCUGGAAUCAAGACAAAGGUGUGGUGCCUAUGGCGGGUACUGUUGGAGAAGGCACCACUCAAGGAAUGGACGAUCUCAAUGCUCGUUGUGCUCAAUACAAAAAGGUGAUCAGCUUAGUUUUCGUAUUUCAUAGUUCAUUUUGA